GCUUACUUACCUUCAGGCCACUGCUCAGCCACAGCUUCAGCCUUGACCCAUCUUGCUUACUUAUAAAGUGCAUCUCCAAUUCUAGGUGCUUGAACUGGACUAAUAAAUAGCAGAAUCUGCAAAUAUGAUUUCGUCGAGGUUUCUACGAUACUCAGCGGCCACUGCAGGUAUAACAGGAACAGCAUACCUUGUAUACCAAACAGUGAAGUCCAUGAGACAAGGCUUCGCAGUGCAGGCACGUGACAUCAAGGACACCCAUGUCGUCGUCAUCGGCGGAGGCUACGCUGGUAUCAGCUGUGCGUCUGAACUCAAGGAUAAGUGCAAGUAUACGUUAAUCGAUGCCAAGGAUAAAUUCCACCACAACUGGGGAGCACAGAGAGCAAGCAUUGAAGAGGGCUUCGCUCGCCAGCUGCUUACUUACAUGCGCUCCAAGGUCGUCAACCUGGAUCCGGGAAGCCAGAUCGUGAAGCUGGAGAACGGGAACGAGUUGAAGUACGACUACCUGGUGUUGGCCACCGGCACUGGCGGCUCCUUCCCCGGAAGAAUCCCUCUGGGAAUCAGUGAGAGGAUGCGUUCAUGCUACGAUACGAUAAGGAAGAGGAUCAUGGAUGCGAGGAGCGUUGUCAUUGUGGGAGGCGGAGCCGCCGGCGUCGAGAUGGCCGGCGAUAUUAAGGAGGACUUCACGGACAAGACUGUAACCUUGGUGCAUCCGAGCGAGCAACUCGUCGACAACGACGUCUCCGACAAGUUCCAGGGCAUGGUGAAGGAUCGGCUUAAGAAGCUUGGUGUUGCCAUGGUGCUCGGAGAGAGAGUCGUAAACUUGGAUGCAGCAGUAGCAGGUGCAGGACCCGCUGUGGUGAAAACCGACGCAGGACGCGAGAUCCCUGCAGACUUUGUGAUUAAGGCAAUCGGAUUGAAGGUGCAUAGCGUUGCCUAUGCCAACAGUGAACUCGGUAAGAAGAUGGACAAUUUUGGACGUCUACCUGUUAACGAGUUCCUGCAGGUGGAUGGCUAUGAGAACGUGUUUGCGGCCGGUGACUGCAACAACGUUAAGGAGCGCAAGAUGGGCAUGCUUGCCACGCAGCAGGGUACCAGCGUCGGCAAGAGUAUUCUCAGCCACGCCGAGGGAAAGGCUCUCAAUAAAUACUCCGGUGGCGCUCCGUUUGCGCUCUGCAUCGGGCGCACAGGCGGUGUGACGCGCAUGCCUUUCUUCGGUGGCGUGGUUCUCGGUGACUGGGUGACAACUAAGAUCAAGGCCAAGGACUGCUGCCUAAGCGUCGUUAAGAAGCAGCUGGGAGUUAAAGAUUGAAACGAGAAGUAAUACAGGGAUCCUGUGAUUGUCUACUACGUGGUGGAAUAACUCGCACACUAUGUGGUGGAGUUGAUCACGCAUGUAGAAAAUGUGCAGUGGCAGUAGUAAUCGUGAGUGCAUUAGAAGUGCCCUGGUACGCGGUUUGGGGAUGAGCCAGAACAAAAGCUGGAGAUGUCACCGACUUUCUUACAUGGUAACUAUCCUGCCCCACAUAAUCUGUUGAUUCUAGCAAAGUGGCAGUGGGUUUGACAAGCACUGAGCAUCUAACUCGGUUGCUAUGGUGACUGUAAAAAUAGAAUCGAAUCAAUGUCAAGUGAAGUGGAAUAUGUUCAACGAGUUUCAUCCAGUGUCAGAAAUUAAAAAAUCAAUUUAAAUGUACCCCUAAUAUUAGGGUUUAUCCAUUGUGUGCUUAGAGUUGGUAUAUGAGGAACAUUCAGACUUAAAUCUGUAUAACUGGCCCUUAUAUAAUUAUAAUCUAAUCUGCACCGACUUUGUCCCAUGCAAUGAGCAUUUUAAAUCUAUAGUUUUGCAAAUUCAAGUAAUUCAUUUAUAUGACAUAAAGCUUUUUGAAUCAAGUUAGGCAAACAUUUUAUAUUUGACCAUCGAUUUCGAGUAAAAUUUGUUAGAUCAGAAGUGCUAGUGCAUUAAAUCAAGAGCAAUUAAGUAUGCCUAAUACUUAGUGAUUACGUCACCGUAAAUAGUAAAAAUAAAAAAAAUAUUUCCACUUUUUCACAAAAUAUGUGAUUCUGUUA